UCACCAGUAUUGGUGUGCUGCAGCGGGUGGGGACAGCUAGGAGAUGAAUGUUUGACACGUAUGUAUGCAUAUCAACAUCAAAAUACAGUAUUUUCAUACCUCUUCGUAUUCACAUUUGUAAUGUAUCAGUAACAUCACAAUAAAGUAUUGCAACAUGGUAUGUUUUCAUGUUGUGGAUAUUGCCAAUAAUAAUUCAGUAUUCACCUCCUCCUAUCAGCUCUCUGUGAAGGGAACUUUACCUGUAAGGAGAAUGAGCUGUGCAUCAGGCCCAAUGAAUGUCGCUGUCGACAUGGAUAUUUCGGAGCCAGUUGUGAUACAAGUAAGCAACUUGCUUUUGUGAUACUAUAUUUAAAACAUAUGUAUUCAAAUCACUUUCAUGGCCAUGACUUGUACUUUCAUUGUCAAGGGAACCAUUAUGUUACAGUUCAUUGUUGAAAUUACUCUGAAUGAAUGGUGUUGAAUGUGCUGUCCUAAACCAACAGAAGGGAAAUGUUGAAGCCAUUGUACAGUGUAUUCCUUGACUUGUGAGGUUCCAGUGAUCCUAUAAAAAGGACUCUAUCCUUCUUUCCCAGAGUGCCCAACCCAAUUCUGGGGCCCCGACUGCAAGGGCAAGUGCCAGUGCUUCCCCAACGGCCAGUGUGACGACGUGACGGGCAAGUGCACAUGCAACCCCAACCGCUGGGGGCCCAACUGCGAGAAGCCCUGCCUCUGCCAGAAGGGCAAGUGUGACCAGGACACGGGCUCGUGCACAUGCCACCAUGGCUUCUGGGGCACUCAGUGUGCUAACAACUGCUACUGCAGUCUCAACUCUGUCUGUGACCAGAACACAGGAAGGUGUAACUGUAGUCCAGGCUGGUCUGGGAGGAACUGUGCCAUCCAGUGUAACUGUAAUAACUCACCAUGCGAGCAGUUUACGGGUCGGUGCCAGUGCCAGGAGAGACUGUGGGGCCAGCGGUGCGAGAGGUAUUGUCAGUGUAUCCACGGGAAGUGCAACCAGGGGGAUGGCUCGUGUACCUGCACGCCAGGGUACCGAGGGAAGUUCUGCAGGGAACCGUGUCCCGCUGGGUUCUACGGACAGAACUGCAGGAACAGGUGAGGAACCAAAACACUGGAGAGAACCAUUUGAGUUCACUGGAGAGGGAGUAUUAUUCUAACAGAAAAUGGAACAUACAUUUUUUCAUGAAAAUGUAACAGAUGUGAAACUGAAAAGGCAAUGAUCCUAAUGCACACGUUUUUCUCUUUAUUUUUUUUGCCAAGGAUCUUAACGUUAAAAUCCAUAUUAACGGUGUAAUAGAGAGAUACUGGGGAAUUGGUGUUCACAUUAUCUCAUAAUAAUCAUCUAAUAUGCUGAAGCCAUUCAGGUGGAUUACCUUGUUCAGGGUCUGCAGAACUGGUGUUAUACAGUAGUGGGCCAAAAAUAUUGGCACCUUUGCACUUUUUUCAAGUAACUCACAAUUUUCCCUAAAAAUAAGUUGAGAUUUAACAAAGUAUUUGGUCUCCACAAUUCUUUAUUUCACUGUUAAUAUUACAGAGCCUUUGUUUUUGAUUCGGAACUAUAUAUAUAUAUCCGUUUAAAUCAGAAAAUAAACAGAACUGGCAUUGACACCCUAGACUUAAUAUUUGAUAGCACAGCCUUUGGUCAAAGUAACUGCAAUCAAGCGCUUCCUAUAGCCAUUGAUGAGCUUCCUGCACCUCUGUACUGGCAGUUUGGCCCACUCUUCUUGUGCAAACUGCUCCAGUUCUCCCAGAUUUGAAGGGUGCCUUCUCCCAACUGCUGUUUUCAGAUCUCCACAAGUUUUCAAUGGGAUUUAGAUCUGGACUCAUUGCUGGCCACUUCUCCUACCAUAUAACUCCCUUUCAUUGAGUUGGCGACAGAUGGUGUGAGUUGAAACUGUCGUACCUUGUGUCAGAGGGUCAGCUUGAAUCUGUGUGGAGGUUGACCGAGAUGCUUUCUCCACCAUUCAAACCAUCCUUCGCUGCAAUCUUCCAUCAAGUUUUCUCUUGCGGCCACGUCCAGGGAGGUUGGCUACAGUGGCAUGGGCCUUAAACGUCUUGAUAACAUUACGUAUGGUGGAAACAGGAACAUCAAGGUCUCUGGAGAUGGACUUGUAGCCUUGAGAUUGUCAAUGCUUGGCUUCAAUCUUGUGUCUGACCUCCUCAGAUAAUUCUCUAGUUUUCUUUCUUUUCUUCACAGAGAUACAAAACAGGAGAAUUAGUCCUUUUCUCUACUCAAACUGGUUGAAUUAGUGAUUUUUAUAUUUCAGGCACCUGCAACUCACCACAGGUCAGUUCAUUUCCAAAGUAAAGGAGAAUCACCUGCUUGAAAUCUAAUUAUUUCUAACUAUUUCUAGAAGGUUCUAAUAAUCUAUACUAAUAAUAGAUAUUUUAGGAUUUCUUUGUGGAAUAAGUUAAGAUUUAGUAAAUUAUUCCAAUGUUUUUGUUUUGUUCAACUGCACACCAAAGACAUACAGUAUGUGGAUACCAAAAUAGAGCCAGUUUGCUACAGUAGGGAAAUAAUCCUGCAGCAACAGGAAAUGUGAAUUAUUAUGUGGAUUAUAAUUAAUGGACAUUUUUGUAGGAGUUGAUACAUUUUUCGUAAUGGAACAUACAUUCUGAAAUUUCUAAGUAGAAAUUACAAACUUCAGAAGCCUUUUUAAACCUCAAAUAGACUAAAGGUUAUCCUGCAACAGGGUGAUCAAAUUAAGAUCCUACAUCUGUACUACACACAUGGAAAAUGUCUACAGGUCCCAAAUGUAGCAAAUGUAGCAAAUCAUCAAAUGUAAUCUUACACAUAAGGCAUUGUUUUGACAGCACUACAACUAUGAGAUAUUACCAAAACCGACCAAAAUGUCACCCAGUAGUCAUGCUGCUCCCAAAUUGUGAUGACAGACACGGCUUCGCCCAAAAAGCUCCCUAUUUCCAUUUAGUGCAAUACUCUCUUCCCCCAGGUGUUCUAAUGUCUCCCCCUCUCCCCUCUCUCUCCCCCCAGGUGUUCUAAUGUAUCCCCCUCUCCCCUCUCUCUUCCCCCAGGUGUGGGCACUGUAAGGGGCAGCAGCCCUGUAAGAUAACCGAGGGGAGGUGUGUGACCUGUGAGGGGGGCUGGAACGGGACAAAGUGUGACCAGAUGUGCCUGCCAGGCUUCUUCGGGGAGAACUGCCUGGACGAGUGUCCUCCGUGUAAAGACGGCCACUUCUGCAACCGCAUCGACGGAAAGUGCUCCCACUGCAACCCCGGCUGGAUCGGGGACAGGUAGGCCACACACAUACACCUGGAACCACGGGCAGGGGCACACAAACCUGUGUACACACACAUGUGCGCAUGCCAUUAGGGUUCCUUUUAGUUGUUUAUUAGGAGAGUAAAUAUUUGUUGCCCUAAUGGGUAUUUAACUUUGUGGAAUUUCAACAUAACAUUUCAUGUCGACAGAUGAUGUGGAAAAACACAUUCUCUUUAUGGUUUAGUACAGUCAUGUUGUCCACUUGUUCUCAUGCCAACAUAUUAUUCACAGACCCUUUGUAUUACCAUUUUAAGCACUUGAAAGAAUCAUUUAAAAACAUGAACUUGUACUAACCAAUGCUGUCAUGCUGUGCUAAUGUUCUGAGUGUGUACACAUUUCUAGUGUACUUUUCAGUAUGUGAUUUACAUAGAUGCUGAAUUACAGUCACUGCAUCAGAGCAUUGAACGUGUGCUUGCAUGCUGUGCUAAGGGUUCUGAGAUGUGACUCACAGCUCCUGAGUAUAUUAUUUAUGCAUAGUCACUUUAACUCUACCCACAUGUACAUACAGUUGAAGUCUGAAGUUUACAUACACUUAGAUUGGAGUCAUUAAAACUUGUUUUUCAACCACUUCACACAUUUUUGGCAAGUCGGUUAGGACAUCUACUUUGUGCAUGACACAAGUAAUUUUUCCAACAAUUGUUUACAGACAAUUAAUUCACUGUAUCACAAUUCCAGUGGGUCAGAAGUUUACAUACACUAAGUUGACUGUGCCUUUAAACAGCUUGGAAAAUUCCAGAAAAUGAUGUCAUGGCUUUAGAAGCUUCUGAUAGGCUAAUUUACAUCAUUUGAGUCAAUUGGAGGUGUACCUGUGGAUGUUUUUCAAGGCCUACCGUCAAACUCAGUGCCUCUUUGCUUGACAUCAUGGGAAAAUCAAAAGAAAUCAGCCAAGACCUCAGAAAAAAAAUUGUAGUCCUCCACAAGUCUGGUUCAUCCUUGGGAGCAAUUUCCAAACGCCUGAAGGUACCACGUUCAUCUUUACAAACAAUAGUACGCAAGUAUAAACACCAUGGGACCAUGCAGCCGUCAUACCGCUCAGGAAGGAGACGCGUUCUGUCUCCUAGAGAUGAACGUACUUUGGUGCGAAAAGUGAAAAUCAAUCCCAGAACAACAGCAACGGACCUUGUGAAGAUGAUGAAGGAAACAGGUACAAAAGUAUCUAUAUCCACAGUAAAACGAGUCCUAUAUCGACAUAACCUGAAAGGCUGCUCACCAAGGGAGAAGCCACUGCUCCAAAACCCCCAUAAAAAUGCCAGACUACGGUUUGCAACUGCACAUGGGGACAAAGAUCGUACUUUUUGGAGAAAUGUCCUCUGGUCUGAUUAAAGAAAAUAGAACUGUUUGGCCAUAAUAACCAUCGUUAUGUUUGGAGGAAAAAGGGGGCUGCUUGCAAGCCAAAGAACACCUUCCCAACCGUGAAGCACUGGGGUGGCAGCAUCAUGCUGUGGGGGUGCUUUGCUGCAGGAGGGACUGGUGCACUUCACAAAAUAGAUGGCAUCAUGAGGAAGGACAAUUAUGUGGAUAUAUUGAAGCAACAUCUCAAGACAUCAGUCAGGAAGUUAAAGCUUGGUCGCAAAUGGGUCUUCCAAAUGGACAAUGACCCCAAGCAUACUUCCAAAGUUGUGGCAAAAUGGCUUAAGGACAACAAAGUCAAGGUAUUGGAGUGGCCAUCACAAAGCCCUGACCUCAGUCCUAUAGAACAUUUGUGGGCAGAACUGAAAAAGCGUGUGCGAGCAAGGAGGCCUACAAACCUGACUCAGUUACACCAGCUCUGUCAGGAGGAAUGGGCCAAAAUUCACCCAACUUAUUGUGGGAAGCUUGUGGAAGGCUUCCUGAAACGUUUGACCCAAGUUAAACAAUUUAAAGGAGAAUGGGCCUCGCACCAAAACAUCCUGUUUAGGCUUCCCAUCAUGUCUACAAUACCCAGACAUGUUAUCUUUCCAACUGUUUUUUUUGUACACCCUCGUGCUUCACGCCUAGAGGUUUCCUAAUUACAUGGCCAAACCAGGAAACCCUUUCGACCCUAGCAUAUCUCUAGUGCCCAGGUCACUAGUGGUCGGGAAAAACUACUGGUUGUACGUACAGAUGUAGGAUCUUUAUUUGACCUGUAUUGUCACAGCAAAAUAAUCCUUCAGCAACAGGAUUGUAACGUUUAGUCCAUAAUGUUGUAUGAUCAUUGGUUAGGCUAUUAGCUGCCCAAAAGUAGGCUACAUUAAAUGUUAAUAUAACCGUGUGUUAGUGUGGGUUUUCCGUGAAUUUAUGUAAAUCUGCUUUCAGGAACAUUUUCAGGAACAAAAGUGUGAUCAAAUUAAGAUCCUACAUCUGUAAUCAUUAUUCAGUGCAGAGGGAGUUGGCUUCAUAUAGUCAUUGUAGUACAUUACCAGUUUAUUCACUGUCUGUUAACCCCUGUCCCACUGUCUAUUUCAAUGCACCUGUCUCAGACACUAAGAUGUUGUUUGUGUCUGUCUUCUAGCUGCAACAUGACGUGUCAGAUGGGUCAGUAUGGAGUGAACUGUGCCCAGACCUGCACCUGUCACGACAACAACUGUAACCCAGUGUCGGGGGCCUGCAACCUACGUAAGGAAACACACACACACACACACACACACUGCAACCUACGCAAGGAAACCACUCUCUGUAUUUCCUCAUUCACUUCUACAGAUCUGAGAGAAUGUUAGGUCACUGUUUUUUAAGGCAGCCACACCACAAGACUGAAUAUUAAGAGGUAGAAAAGGUGUUCUUUGCGGAGCACGUGGGGCGUCAAACCCUGGUGCUUCUAGUGUUAAAAAAGUUACUCGAUUUUUUGAAGGAAUGCAAGACGUAAAGAAAACACACCCUUGCCUGACUAUAGACAUGACUAUAGACGUGACUAUAGAGAUCAUAUCAAAUGUGUGCACUCCACAUGAAGGUCCCAAAUGCCAAACCCCUUGCUUGACUGUUUGUCUGUCUAAAUAGCCAGUUGCUAGCAGUGACGCAGCUCAUGAAUGUCUGUCUGUGAGUUGAACGGAGACGAUGAGCACUAACGCACAUGUUUAUUCACGUUACUGUAGUAGAAUUAACAUGGAGGAGGCCUAAUGGCCUUUCCAGAAUGCCUGGUGUCCUUUUUUACGACUGUGUUUGUUGGCCUUGUUCCUGUCCAGCCGGAGAGAAGGGGGGGGGGGGGGGGGGGGUGGGGGGGGUGGGGGGGGGUUUGGAGGGAAGGAUGGUAGAGAGGAGAGAAAAGAGGGAGGAGGAGAAAGAGAGUGAUGGAAGAUGGUUAGAGAUAGAUGAAAGAGAGGGGGGGAGGAUGGUAUCGAGAGAGAGAGAGAAAGCAGAGGAGAUGAGGGGGAUCGCGAAUGGUUGAGAGAGAGAAAGAGGGAGAGAGAGAGGGGGAGGAUGGUAGAGAGAGAGAGGGGGGGAGGAUGGUAGAGAGAGAGAGAGAAAGAGUGAGAGUAAGAGUAAGGGAGAGAGAACUGGAGGAUGAAAAGAGAAGGGAGGAGAGGAAACAAGGUCACCAGAGGUUUCAGCAAAUGGGCAUGUUGGGAAGCGGCGAUGAUGUCACUGGGUCAGGCCAUUCAGCUCUGCCGGGCCAGUCCCUUCCUUUAUCCAGCUGUGAACACAGAGGCCAGGCCCUACAUGCCACACCCAGGACUCACUUCUAUUCUUCCACAGCCUCUAUGACAGCAGAGGGACAUAGAGGGCCAGGGGCCACCAGUAUUUAUCUAAUUGCUAUCUGGUGUGGCAUGAUGGUGCCAUCUUUGCAGUGCACUACUUUUGAUCAGGGCUCCAAAGGCCUAGAUAUGUUUAUGCAACUGAGUUUUAAGUCUAGUCAUCCUAGAAAGGGAGGGUGCUUCUAAAUCAUGAAUGAAUUAUGGGGGUAAAGGGAGUUGUAGCAGAGGGGUAAUAGAGUGAGUGAAGGAUAGGGUUCAGUGGACGCUUCUAGAAGUCGGUUAAGUGGAUCCACAGCAGGAGAUCUAUAAAGAGUGGCGAUUUUUAGAGAAGGAGGGCUGUUGCAUGCAUGGCUGAAAUUAACAUCUAUGACUUAUCUCAAUUGGAUAUCUCUUCAAUGCCCACUUCAUGGUACAUACUAUAGGUCUACAGUAUUUCCACAGUGUGGAGGGUCAACAUAGUGUGAUUCUGGGAGUUCAGGGAGUUCUGACAGAAUUAAUGCCAGUUGGCACCGGAUAUAUACAAAUGUCUCUGGUUGGCAACAGUGUGGCACACCCAUAAACCCCUGCUUGUGUCCAUCUGUCUGCUGUUUCAGAGCCUAACCAGCGGAUGGGCGUGAUCGCGGCGGGAACCCUGGUCUCCUUUCUGCUCACUGUCCUCCUCUCACUCCUCUGCUGCUGCCUCUGCAGAAAUAAAGACCAACACAAGUGAGUGACAGACACAGGCCUGGUGUAGGGUGAGGGCAUGUGACAGACACAGGCCUGGUGUAGGGUGAGGGCGGUGACAGAUAAAGGCCUGGUGUAGGGUUAGGGCAUGUGACAGACACAGGCCUGGUAUAGGGUGAGGGCGAGUGACAGACACAGGCCUGGUGUAGGGUGAGGGUGAGUGACAGACACAUACCUGGUGUAGGGUGAGGUAUAGGGUGAGUGUGGGUGACAGACACAUACCUGGUGUAGGGUGAGGGCAGGUGACAAACACAGACCUGGUAUAGGAUGAGGGUGGGUGACAGACACAGGCCUGGUGUAGGGUGAAGGCGGGUGACAGACACAGGCCUGCUGUAGGGUGAGGUAUAGGGUGAGUGUGGGUGACAGACACAUACCUGGUGUAGGGUGAGGGCAGGUGACAAACACAGACCUGGUAUAGGGUGAGGGUGGGGGACAGACACAGGCCUGGUAUAGGGUGAGGGUGGGUGACAGACACAGGCCUGGUGUAGGGUGAGGACGGUUGGCAAACACAGACCUGGUAUAGGGUGAGGGUGGGUGACAGACACAGGCCUGCUGUAGGGUGAAGGCGGGUGACAGACACAGGCCUGCUGUAGGGUGAGGUAUAGGGUGAGUGUGGGUGACAGACACAUACCUGGUGUAGGGUGAGGGCAGGUGACAAACACAGACCUGGUAUAGGGUGAGGGUGGGUGACAGACACAGGCCUGGUAUAGGGUGAGGGUGGGGGACAGACACAGGCCUGGUGUAGGGUGAGGGCGGUUGGCAAACACAGGCCAGGUGUAGAGUGAGGGCAGUGACAAACACAUACCUGAAAUAGGGUGAGGGCAGGUGACAAACACAGACCUGGUAUAGGGUGAGGGUGAGUGACAGACACAUACCUUGUGUAGGAUGAGGGCAGGUGACAAAUACAGACCUAGUAUAGGGUGAGGGUGGGUGACAGACACAGGCCUGGUGUAGGGUGAAGGCGGGUGACAGACACAGGCUUGGUGUAGGGUGAGGUAUAUGGUGAGGGUAGGUGACAAACACAGACCUGGUGUAGGGUGAGGGCAGGUGACAGACACAGGCCUGGUAUAGGGUGAGGGCAGGUGACAGACACAGACCUGGUUUAGGGUUACGGCGGGUGACAGACACAGACCUGGUGUAGGGUGAGGGUGGGUGACAGAAACAGGCCUGGUAUAGGGUGAGGGUAGGUGACAGACAUAUACCUGGUGUAGGGUAAGGGCAGGUGAAAGACACAGGCCUUAAUUAGGGUGAGGGCAGGUGACAGAAACAGGCCUGGUGUAGGGUGAGGGCAGGUGACAGACACAGGCCUGGUGUAGGGUGAGGGCGGGUGACAGACACAGGCCUGGUGUAGGGUGAGGGCGGGUGACAGACACAGGCCUGGUGUAGGGUGAGGGCGGGUGACAGACACAGGCCUGGUGUAGGGUAAGGCGAGUGACAGACACAGGCCUAGUGUAGGGUGAGGGCAGGUGACAGACACAGGGCUGUUAUAGGAUGAGGGCGGGUGACAGACACAGGCCUGGUGUAGGGUUAGGGCAGGUGACAAAUACAGACCUAGUAUAGGGUGAGGGUGGGUGACAGACACAGGCCUGGUAUAGGGUGAAGGCGGGUGACAGACACAGGCCUGCUGUAGGGUGAGGUAUAGGGUGAGUGUGGGUGACAGACACAUACCUGGUGUAGGGUGAGGGCAGGUGACAAACACAGACCUGGUAUAGGGUGAGGGUGGGGGACAGACACAGGCCUGGUAUAGGGUGAGUGUGGGUGACAGACACAGGCCUGGUGUAGGGUGAAGGCGGGUGACAGACACAGGCCUAGUGUAGGGUGAGGGCAGGUGACAGACACAGGGCUGUUAUAGGAUGAGGGCGGGUGACAGACACAGGCCUGGUGUAGGGUGAGGGCAGGUGACAAAUACAGACCUAGUAUAAGGUGAGGGUGGGUGACAGACACAGGCCUGGUGUAGGGUGAAGGCGGGUGACAGACACAGGCUUGGUGUAGGGUGAUGUAUAUGGUGAGGGUAGGUGACAAACACAGACCUGGUGUAGGGUUAGGGCGGGUGACAGACACAGACCUGGUGUAGGGUGAGGGUGGGUGACAGAAACAGGCCUGGUAUAGGGUGAGGGUAGGUGACAGACAUAUACCUGGUGUAGGGUAAGGGCAGGUGAAAGACACAGGCCUUAAUUAGGGUGAGGGCAGGUGACAGAAACAGGCCUGGUGUAGGGUGAGGGCAGGUGACAGACACAGGCCUGGUGUAGGGUGAGGGCGGGUGACAGACACAGGCCUGGUGUAGGGUAAGGCGAGUGACAGACACAGGCCUAGUGUAGGGUGAGGGCGGGUGACAGACAUAUAGCUGGUGUAGGGUGAAGGCGGGUGACAGACACAGGCCUAGUGUAGGGUGAGGGUGGGUGACAGACACAGGCCUGGUGUAGGGUUAGGGCAGGUGACAAAUACAGACCUAGUAUAGGGUGAGAGUGGGUGACAGACACAGGCCUGGUAUAGGGUUAAGGCGGGUGACAGACACAGGCCUGGUGUAGGGUUAGGGCAGGUGACAAAUACAGACCUAGUAUAGGGUGAGGGUGGGUGACAGAAACAGGCCUGGUAUAGGGUGAGGGUAGGUGACAGACAUAUACCUGGUGUAGGGUAAGGGCAGGUGAAAGACACAGGCCUUAAUUAGGGUGAGGGCAGGUGACAGACACAGACCUGGUUUAGGGUGAAGGCGGGUGACAGACACAGGCUUGGUGUAGGGUGAGGUAUAUGGUGAAGGCGGGUGACAGACACAGGACUGGUGUAGGGUGAGGGCAGGUGACAGACACAGGUCUGUUAUAGGAUGAGGGCGGGUGACAGACACAGGCCUGGUGUAGGGUGAGGGAGGGUGACAGACACAGGCCUGGUAUAGGGUGAGGGCGGGUGACAGACACAGGCCUGGUGUAGGGUGAGGGCAGGUGACAGACUCAGGCCUAGUGUAGGGUGAAGGCGGGUGACAGACACAGACCUGGUGUAGGGUGAGGGCAGGUGACAGACACAGACCUGGUAUAGGGUGAGGGCUGGAGAUGGGAUGGAGGUUAGAGAAGAUGUUGCCGUUUGCCCUCCUUGUUAAAAUAGUGGAGUGUUCCAUCCUUUAAAGAGUUUUUACCCUUUUAUUACAGUACAUACAGUAUUGUUAGGGCCUUGAGUUUUUCCUGGUCAUGGUACCUGAUCAGGAAAGACUGUGGCUCCUUGUUAUAGGUUACUAUCGAGUUUAAAGGUCCUGCACAGUAUAUCUUAUGUUGCCAAGUCCAGACUGGGCCAGUAUGAUAGUGUGUGGUCUUUUUCUUCAUGGUUUCCAAUGGCGUGUUGCUCGUACUGCAAGCGUUUCAAUGUAGAUGAACCUCACCCACAUUUGAAUCGGUUCGUAUGGUUUAGUAAUUUAGUAUGUUUUCCAUGGCGUCACCCCUCCCUCUUUCCCUCAGUCCUGACCAAGACAACUCUACCAACAGUAAAAAAGCCAAGCGGAUCCUGUGUGGACGAUUCAGCCGAAUCAGCACCAAACUCCCCCGGAUCCCACUGAGACGGCAGAAGCUGCCUAAAGUAGUCGGUAAGCGCCAAUCCCUCCUCCCUGAUAGGCUACUGCCUUCACCAUGCCAAGACAGAGGCUGCCUUGUGUCCCAAAUGGCACCCUAUUUCCUAAGGGCUCUAGUGAAAAGAAGUGCACUAUAAAGGGAAUAAGGUACCAUUUUGGAUACUCUAACAGAGCCGCUGUUGCUGCCCUUAACCCUCCUUUGUUCAUGUCUCUUGAUCACCUAAUAGUUUAUGUGUCAUAGUCAUGACGAGCCUCUAACUCUUCAGCAUUUUCAUUUUCCCUUUGCUUUGUGAUUACCUGUCUCUGCGACUCUCUGUUGAGCGGUUUUCAGACAAUGAAUAGGGUUGUAAAGUGUACUGCAGCUGCCAAAUGGGUAUGGGGUUUCAUCUGAGAGGAAUGCAAUGGUUUCAGGCCUUAUUAUUACUGGCACCCUUAAAACCAUGCGUUCAUAUUAUGACAACCCUAAAUGGGCCCUUCUCUUUCUUCCCUCUCUUUUCUUUACUCGUUUCCCUCUUUCCCUCCUUCCCUCCUUCCCUCUUUCCCUCCUUCCCUCCUUCCUUCCUUCCCUCCUUCCUUCCUUCCUUCCCUCCUUCCCUCCUUCGCUCCUUAUUAAGACAGUGAGUUGAGCUCCUCUUCUACUGGGACGAAGGCUGUGUUAUUAAGAGAGAAAGAAAGGGUCGGUGUAGUGGUGUGGUGCUCGGGUACGUCUGAUUGGUGUUGAGUGAUACCUUAUCAAAGGCUGCUGUGUUAUUGUCAAUGUGGAGAGGAGCGGAGGGAGAGUAGCUCCUGUCUGUCUGUGUGGAGGGAGGGAGGUGAAGGAAGGUCUUGUGUUCUGGGAUAGGAAUGUCUGUCUGUCAGGUCCCAUCUCAGGUCAGCUUUAAGGACAUUACACAUAGCUUACACACUGAAGAACUCUCCUUUUUCUUUAGACAUUCCAGACACAGCCAUGUUCUGGAUCGACAUUGGCCAGGAUGCAUUGGCUCUGCUAUGUAGGAGAUCAAUUGAAUCAAUGGCCAUCUAGACUGCUUCUGAAUGAAUGGAUGGUCUGAGUAUAGUAUAUUUUAAUGGACCGGAGUGCGCUAUUUGUUGACAUUUGUAGUCACUCUACAGAGUAAUAUGACACCUUUAAAGCAGUCGUUUAAAAACCAGUUGCGAUGAAGGAGUUAAACAGCGGUGACCUCGUUUCACUUCUCCUCUCCUUCACAAUGAGUAGCAUGUGCUUCUCCUCUUCUUCAGCGGACUAUUUCAGAUAACAGCUGUCUUAAUCAUGCCUGCGUAGAAACACACACUGGAAUAGUAUUGUCUUUGUCAGAGACUUGUCUUGUGUCAGGGGACAUUAACAGCAUUUAAAAAAAAACACCCUCAAAGUUUACUAUAACUUAUAAACAAUCCGCCAGAGGCUUUAGAAAUUGCAUUUUGUUAAAAGUCAGAGUGUCCGACCUCCUUUCAAACAAACAAGCCCUUUCAUUCUUGUGUACACAAAGCAGAUGGUACCAUGCCUGGGUUGCAAUCAACUAGAACAAACUAUCCCUUUGAGAAUUUGGAGAGAGUAGAAUAGAGUUUUUGGUCCAAGCCAAAACCAAUUCUCUCUAAGUUUUCCUCCCUCACAUUCAAGAAUACAUGACAACACACAGCUAUAAAAUGACAACCCAAUUAAUUUAAGAAUAUACUUUCCAGUCAUUCACCCACUGUGACUUAUACAUCCUCCUCUUGUUCAUAAGGAGAGAUAAACUGAUCAGCUUCGCUAUCUCUCUGUCUCUCUCUGUCUCUCUCUCUCUCUCUCUGUCUCUCUCUCGUCCUCUCUCUCUCUGUAUUUCUUGUCUGCUCUAUCUGCUCUAAUUCUUAUCUCGUCUCUCUGUUCUCUCUCUAGGUAUCUUCUACUAUUGUUCUCUCUCUUCUCUCUUGUCUUCUCUGUCUCUGUCUCUUCUGUCUCUCUGUCUCUGUCUCUCUGGUCUCUGUCUCUGUCUUGUCUAUCUGUCUCUCUGUCUAUCGUCUAUGUCUCUCUAUGUUCUCUGUCUAUCUUGUAUACUAUCUCUCAGUGGCGGUAGCGAUCGUAUGAUAUGAUUCGAUGAGAGAGUGAGAAGUGGAGAGAAGGCUGGUCUACUCUCUCUGUCUCUUGAUUCGGUUAUCAUUUCUUUUCUCUAUUUUGUAUCUGUUUCUUUUCUCUGUCAUCUAUUCUCUUCGUCUCUCUUCUCUGUCUCUCUGUCUCUAUGCUCUGUCUGUCUCUCUUCUCUCUCUCCUCUCUUUCUCUUCUCUGUUCUCCUCUCUGUCUCUCUCUCUCUCUAUCUCUCUCUCUCUCUUCUAUCUGCUCUUCUGUCUCGUUCUCUCUGUCUUCUCUCUCUUGUCUUCUCUGAUCUCUGCUAUCUCUGUCUCUUCUCUCUCGGUUCUCUAUAGUCUCCUCUGGUCAUUCCUAAAGGUCGGCUGAUCUUCUCUCUGUCUACCUCCAUCGGUCUCAGUGUCUAGGAUCUCGGUCGGAGGAGCUGGGGUCUGUCGAGUGAGCCUAUCUCUCUCGUCUGCGCUGUCGACGUAGUCGCGUUCUUCUCUAUCCUCUUCUAUCUCGUCAUUCUCGCUUCUGUCUUCUCUCUCUCCUCUCGUAGUACUCUCGAUCUCCUUCUCUCUCUCUCUCUCUCGAUCUCUCUCUCUGUCUCUCUCUCUCUCUCUCUCUCUCUCUCUCUCUCUCACUCUCUCUCUCAGUUAAAUUCCAAGGGCUUUAUUGGCAUGUGAAACAUAUAUUUACAUUGCCAAAGCAAAUGGAAUAGACAAUAAACAAAAGGGAAAUAAACUAGGGAAAUAAACAAUCAAUAAACAUUACACUCACAGUGUUGUAACAAUGUGCAAAUAGUUGAAGUAUGAAAAGGAAAUUAAAUAAACAGGUAAAAAGAGAUUGUAUUUACAAUGUUGUUUGUGCUCCACUGGUUGCCCUUUUCUCAUGGCAACGGGCCACAAAUCUUGCUGCUGUGAUUGCACACUGCGGUAUUUCGCCUAACAGAUAUGGGAGUUUAUCAGUGUUUGAUUUGUUUUCAAAUUCUUUGUGGGUCUGUGUAAUCUGAGGGAAAUAUGUGUCUCUAAUGUGGUCAUACAUUUGGCAGGAGGUUAGGAAGUGUAACUCAGUUUCCACCUCAUUUUGUGGGCAGCGGGCACAUAGCCUGUCUUCUCUCGAGAGCCAGGUCUGCCUAAGGCGGCCUCUCUCAAUAGCAAGGCUAUGCUCACUGAGUCUGUACCUAGUCAAGGAUUUUCUUAAUUUGGGGUCAGUCACAGGGGUCAGGUAUUCUGCCACUGUGUACUCUCUGUUUAGGACCAAAUAGCAUUCUAGUUUGCUCAGUUUUUUGGUUGAUUCUGUCCAGUGGAUCAAAUACUUAUCUUUUUGCGUUCUUUAAUUUGGUUGGGUCUAAAUGUGUUCUGUCGGGGCUUGUGGGGUGUUGGUGCUUUCUCUAUGUCUCUUCGUCUCUAUUCUCGUCUCUCUAGCCCCGAACUUCUCCCUCGUCUCGCCUCUCUCUACUUCCUCAUUUAGCAGCCACUUCAUUCAAUCUUUCAUGGAUGUCUAGUACAUAGUGAUGCGAUCUCUCAUGAGUACUCUAGACAAGAAGUAGCUGCAUCUCUGACUCUCGCUACUGAUCUCUCCCCUUCCUUCCCAUCCGGUCUUCUCUCUCUCUCUAGCUCCCUUCCUCUCUCCUCUCUUCUCCCUCUAUGUCCCUCUCCCUCCCUCCCUCCCUCCCUCCCUCCCUCCAUCUCCAGAGCCAGCAGCUCCUGCUCUGCUUUCCUCAUUGCCUGCCUACAGAAGCGUGGCCUGCGUGCCAGCAUUUUGAAACUCUACCCUCCCUGGGGCUCCUUCAGUCCCUGCAACAUUCCGCAGGAGGCCCACUGGACUCAAAACAGGAAGUGGACAAAUUUACCCCAACCUGUGUCAGACCUAUGAUUUAUCCACACUGGGGUCAACACACUACAACAGAUGUGGCAAAGAAAAAGGAAAGAGGAACAGGGGAGAAAUAGAAGGAGGUAGAAAACGUGUGCUGUCUUUUGCAUAGCUAAUUUAGCUCCUUCAUACACACACUCUCACCCAUCCCAAGAUAAAAGGACAGAGAAACAGAGGAAGGAGGAAAACGAGGAGGAGGAGGAAGGAGGAGGAGGAAGAAAACAUUUGCUCUGUCUUUUGCAUAGCUCAUAUAGCUCCUCCGCUCCUCUGCUUCUCCAUACAUAACCGUUCCCCCAUCCCCCCUCCUCUACUUAAACCUCCACACUGCUUAGAGUUUGUCAUUCCAUUCUAAGCGUAUUUAUUCCACGCCCUAUACUGUAGCUAGCUAUCUGACGCUCUGCUGGCUGGCUUCCCCCAUUCCCAUUCCGUAGCACUCUGUGUGUCUGCGUGGGCUCUGGUCAAAAGUAGUGCACUAUAUAGGGGAUAGGGUGCUUUUUAGGACUCAGUUACAUGUCCAAAUGCGAAAAGUGAAAAGGACCACCUGCUCCAGUGUUGCUGGCCUCACAGGCAGCUAUGAUAGAACUGUGCAGCUGGGGCACGGUUGUCCAAUGUUGGCCUCUGUGUAGGCUGGGCUUUGGGCUUUCUGUGGCGUCUCUCCCUUAAGAAUUCAUGCUGCUCCGGACAGCAGUUGUUUGUUUACUGUUGCAUUAAGAUAAUGGAGGCUUAGUUACUUUACAAUAGGCCCCACACUCUUAGAAAAAAAAUUGCUAUAGAACCUAAAAUGGUUCUUCGGCUGUCCCAAUAGGAGAACCGUUUGAAGAACCCUGUAUUCUUUCCACAGAGGGUUCUACAAGGAACCCAAAAGGAACCUUUUUUGUUCUACUUGGAACCAAAAAGGGUUCUCCUAUGGGGACAGCCGAAUAACCCUUUUGGAACCCUUUUAUCUAAGAGUGUAUGCCAGGGGUCGACAACAGGCAACAGACCCCAAAGUUUUUAGUAAAACUAUGAUUUUAGUUGUUGGUCAAAAAAUACUUAAAAUCACCAGGAAUUCAGUUUAAUUUAGAAAAGUAUUCCCACUAAUAAAAAAAGAGAAAUAUGUGAUCGUGUCUCAAUGUAACCAAAGUAGGAAAUGACUGUUAUUUUCAAAUACAACUUAUUUUUGGGCUUAUUUGUGGUCAGUUUGCAGUGGACAAAUUAUUAUAAUUAUGUUCCGGUCAUCGACCAUCUAGUCGUCUACCCCCGCCCUUUGCUAUACCAAUUGGCCACUGCAUCAGUACUGUCUGUCUGCUAUAGUCUAGUACAGCAUGUGGUUAGUUAGUCAAUUAGCUUAGGGCCACUCUGCUUCUUACAUUGCAUGGGUAUUGUCUGUUCUCUGUAGUCUAGCACAGAAGGGCUGCAACAAUAGGGAUAAAGUGCAAACAACUCAUAAAGACAGUGAGUCAGUCAGACAUACAGUAUGUAUGUAUGUAUCUCCUUCAUUGAAUUUGAGCAAAAUAUUUUUCAGCUUGAAGAAAAGCAGCUAUGAAAUUAUUUUCCUGGAUAAAUAUCUGGGUGGGUACUGUUUACAGUAUAUUGUUUCUAACUACUGCCAUUGCUGCAAUCCAACUAAUCUAAUCUACAUCAAGUCAAGUUCCUUAAUAUAAUCAUCCGGUCACCAUUGUACAGUAGUAUUGCAAUUUUUCCAGGUACAAUAUCAGAAGUGUUGAGAAAUAGACUUAGUCACUUUCGGAUUUAGUCUGAGACUGCAGUGUGCUGGAUAUCCUUAUAAUAAGCUCAGCUUUCAGUGGAAAUUCCCACCAACAAAGUCCCCUGAUUUCACUGGAGUUGUGAGAGUAACAGAAUAGUGCUGCCCUUGUGUUGACACAUCUCCUGGUAGUCAUUUAGCUGUACUACACCUGGCCAUGCUGAUGUUACCAGAGGUCAGUUGUUUUACAGUUUGGGAGAUGACGUCCAUGCCACAACCAUAUCUCAUACCACAAUAAGGACCACAAUGGAAAUAUGUUGUAAAACUUUAUUGAUUCAUCCUCAAUGAUUUUACAUGCAGUAAAUCUGCUUUUGUGGCGUAAUUGUGUUUCAAACUGUCAAAUAAAUCAAAAUCAAAUGCAUAGAGACUCAGGGUAGUUAGAGGGGAUCUUUCAGCUGAAAAAGGGUUUAGGGUUAGCAACGCGUUAGUGGAGAACAAACGGAUGGGCUCAUAUGUCAUCGGGUGGAGGGGGGAUGUACAUAGGCGUAUCUGAUGUGGUCAAUGUCUAGUUAACACCCAGUCACACACACACACACACACACACACACACACACACACACACACACACACACACACACACACACACACAGUCAGUUAGUCCACUGCCAGACGGGGAAAGGAGAAGGGCAACCACACAGAACACAGCUGUCCUCAGACUGAAGGGUCAGCAGAAUACACCAACAGGGAGGGAGGACCUACAUUUAGGAAAAUUAGUAUUCUCUAGGUAAUUUCUCAGUAAAUACUUUUGUUCAAAGAAUAGAUAGACCAGAGAAUCACACAAAUUACACACAAAUGUCCAAUGCACACCCACAAAUCAAGGACUUGAUCAUACACGUCAUGACAGAACAGUUUUAUAUAUUUUCAAACAUAACUUUGUCUCAAGUCACCCUUUAUCUUUCAUUAAAACCCCAACACACCCCAGAUCAUCUCGAUCUGUUGUUCUUGUUAGGUAGUCCCACUCCCUUCUCUGUGCUUCUCUCUGACUCUGUUUCUCUGUGUCCUAACCCCCCAGUAGCCCACCACCACCCUGAGAACACAUUCAACUGCAGCUUCAUCGAGCCCCCCUCUGUAGCCAAGCUGCCCUGCCCCUCCUCUUGGUCCUCCCAGGAGUCCUUCGAUUCCUUUGAGGAGGAACCCAGUGAUGAUGGCCCUGUGUACUGUGUUCCCCAUGAAGGUGAGUCAUUAUGCACACACAAACACACACACACACACACACACACACACACACACCACACAUAAACACACACAUACACACACACAAGCACGGACGCAUGCACACACACACAGUGAAGGUCGGCCCCGUCUAAACAAUGUGAUGAAGUCAUCAGGAAAGAAUAACAAACACUGUGAUUAGCCACGGCUACUUCACAAAUAAACACAUGUAGGCACGGACGGAUGCAUGCACACUCACACGUACACACAAAUCUUUGAACACACACACACACACACACACACACACUCACUCUUGGAGUGCACUGUGAGUCACACGCCUCUGGAAAGCUAAUUAGAGAGAUGGUAAGUUCUCCUUAUCGUGUACCAUCGAGCCCAGUUCCUUGCCCUGUGUGCAAAAAAAACAAAAAACAUGUUCUAAUUAUUACCUGUGGUUUGAUUGAAAAUCAACCUGCAAUAGAGCAUGCUGGGAAAUAUGAUGAUGGGUGUGGUUUUGAGUGGUUUUGAGCAAACAUGCAUUUGUAAAUCUACUCAACAAGCUUGUUCAAAUUCAGCUCACUUCGAGCAGAAUUUGUUGAUUUAACGUAAAAUUGUAAGGCAACCAGCUGCAAUAGGAUUGUGAGUUUGCUCAACAUUUGAGCAUAGCUGAACCAAAGUACAGUGUUGCCUUCCAAGUGAGUGAACAAACAUUCACACAUUAGCUCAAUUUCUUGUCCUCACAGAAAAAUGCUGAUUAAGCAAUUGGUUAAAUUUGCUUUUUUGCAGUGUGGAUGCGAAAGCAUGAACAGGAAAUGUAAUGGUACAUUUAGCAUUUGGUAUAUGUCCAAUUCAUGACUCACUCCUUGUUGUUUGUUGGAAAAUAUCCAUGCCCACCAGUUUUUUUUGUAUAGUUUGUGGAAGUUAGAUUUCCCAGAAACAAUGUUAGUUAAAGACAUGCUUCGUUACUUUGGCGACUAAGUAAGUAUUUUUUAAACCUCCCGCUUUGGGCUGGAUGUGUCAAUGUGUUCAUACAUGCAUAAUCUAUGAGCAGAAUGACUGUCUUACCUCAAAUAGCCACGAAUCCCUCAUUUGAAAGUGACUGUUUUUCUGGAAGCUGUGCACGCCAUUUUGAGUACUGCAAGCUUGGACCCCUAGCAAUUCGAGUUCCAGCCAAUGAGGUUCAGCCCCUUGCAAUUUGAGUGACAGCUUUCCAAGGAGGUUACAGGGUGGGCCCAAUGGCUCAGUGGACACAGCAGAGAGAGAGGGAGAGAGAGCAAUGGCGUGGUGCACAUAUCUGCACAUACUGUAUGUGACGUAGUACGCAAUCUUCGGGGAACACUUUUGGCUCAUAUAAAAGUACACAAAAGUACCGUAGAAUAUCUUUAAUAAUUCGGGGAGGUCUCAAUAUUGCUUGAUAUUAUUUUCAAAUGGCAGUAAGAAGAGAAAUAUGAUACAGUAUGUUAUAAUCCUGUAUUUAUAAUGAACACUCAUUCUAAACACUGUAAACAUGCCUCACAUCUACAUCCUUUAUCCCUGAUGAUGCAGUAAUACUGUAUUUCCUGACCACCUAUGUAUGAACACCAUUACCAUCCAAUCUAAACCUGACUCUCAUCCAUGUUCUCUCUUCCUGUCCUAUAGAGUCGCUGAAUGAGAAUAAGGAGAAGGACAGACCCCAGCCAGCAGCAGCCUUCCACAGUGAGGAUGAUACAGGGGGGUACACCUCCCUAAAAGACACCAGUGCCAGCACCUACAAACCCCAGGAUGGGAGCGAAGCGCCCCUCCUCAAGUCCUCUGACAGCGAGGGCUCCACCAGCGGCUCCGAGUCAGCCAUUGGGGCCCUCUACGCCCGCAUUGCACACCUCUCCAAGAACUCCAAGGAGGAAGAGGAUGGGGGCGACAGCAUGGUCACCAUCGAGGUCAAGGGUAACGGGAAACCACCGUCCCCGGGGGGAAAGACCACAACCAAACCGCGCCCGCCGGACCCCUCCACCAAACCCAAGGUGUCGUGGAUCCAUGGGAACAACGGGGGUACCACUCUCCAGGUGGAGAAGCCGAACCAGGGGGGCAAGGGGCUAACAUUUCCCAAGGUGAAGACAACCAGGAGCUCCAGCAACAGCUCAGCCAAGAGCGAAGAGAGGCAGAGGCUGAAGGAGAAUGCCAAGGAGAAGAGCAACCAGGAGGGAAAGGGGACAGAGGUCAACGGCUCCCCCAGCAAACACAAGGCCCACCGGGUGGGGAGGUCCGGAGAGAACAUGAACCACAUGGAGCACAUCAACGGGGUGGUGCAGAACGCUCUCAAGAAGAUCGGCAACUUCCACAACUCCAACUCCGACAAGAAGGCAGCCGCUGUGGAGACCCCCAAGGAGCCGCCCAAGAGCCCCAAAGUGAUCCACCCACACAUGAACUCCGAGGCCGCCACACUCCUGGCCGCCCAGCUCAAGGAGAAGACGCAGAGCAUCACCCGGAACGAGGGCACAUGCCUGGUAAAGACCAACGGCCUGUCCACCCCGAUCCUCCGGGACCGAGGAGACCGGGAGAAGCCCACCCCUCCGCAGAAGGCCAAACGGACCACCGCUCCCACACCAGGCCACCAGGGCUCCAACAAGCCGCUGCUGCCUAACACCACCAACCUCCAGAAGAUGGUUGGUGUGGGGGUCCCCAAAACGGACCCGGCCAGCCCUGAGAUCGCCCCCAAGAGCCCGGAGAAGCAGGACUUGAACGGCUCUAGAGUGGGAGAGGGUGGUGGUGGUGCAGGGGACCCCACGCCAAAGAAGACCCCCAUCAAAAAGCCUCCCCGAAAGAAAGGCAAGGACGGGACUUUGGAUACUACUCUGGAAACUAAGACACCGACAAAGUCAGCAAUUAUGCCACCGCAGAUAGUCAAA